AUGGGUUUCUCACGAACGUUAUCGCUAUGGCUCUUUGGCAUCGUGACUGUACUGGCAACUGACUCUGUUUCUUCGACAGCAACUCCGGCUAACGUCUCGACCACACCUACUGGCUUAACAACAUCUGUUACCGGCGAAGUGAACAUCUUGGCCGAUCCAAACGUAGCGGCACAGACAGGUGCCCUACUUCCUUCUCUCGUUGACAAUGCCUGUCAAAUUGGAGGUGUAAUUGUCUCGCAAGCUCUCUGUGUCGCUGUGGAACCUUCUUCUGCCAUCAUGCCUCCAUCACUGAGCAGCGGUCUUGAUACCCCUACGAUCUCCGCUGCACCACCUCCGCCAGGUGUCAGCGACACACCAUCCCCGUCCAUACCGAGCUCACCAGUGCCGAGUCCCUCAGCUCCUCUUACGACUGCAGUAACCCCAGAUCCAGUCAUGUCAGAUGAUCCCCUGCCGUCAAGUGCCGUCAUCACGCCAGUACCACCGCCCGCCAAUACCCCGUUGCCAAACCCGCUAUCCCCUACCAUGGUAUCUUCCCCACCGCCUGCGAAUACACCAAUACCAAAUCCGCUGUCUUCUACGAUUCUCACUCCACCGUCUCUUACCCCGGUAACUCCUUCCUCUGCGGCUCCUACAUCAGUUUCAAGUCCGACUCCGACGUCUGAUGCUCCGCCAUCGUCAGUUGAGCCCACUUCUGCUGCUCCUCCGACAUCGACAACGCCGUCACCAACUCGCCCAAGUGUACCUAUGUUGUCUGAUACGAUACCUUCCUCAACAGUCGUCGUUUCUGGGUCCCCUCCUCUAGAGCAAACGACCGUGAUUACCGUGCCGACUGUUUUCACAUCUGAGCUCACCAUUAUACCGUCGGGCAUAUCUGCGCCACCACAAGUCACAACAAUUAUGACAAGCAUAACCAUUGGUGUGACAUCAGUCAUUACCUCACUUCCACCAGGCGUGACACCAGUACCAUCGCCUCAACCAACUGGUGCAGCCAAUUCUAUCACAGUCAAAAUGAGCUGGAGCUUUGGACUUGUAGCACUGAUUGGAGCCUUUAUUGACAUUUGA